AUGGUGCGCAUAAAAGAACGAUAUCUUCUUGUCAACAUCAUAUACGCGCCUGAUCCUGCGAAACCUAAUCUUCCGGAUCUCGUGGUGCGGCAUCAGCCUACCAUUGAGAAACUCACGCCUCAGGCUUUGCUCAAGGGGAUUAGGACUGAGAUCGCGUCGUUGUUUGGCGACUAUGGAUCUGGAGCAUUGGGCAAUAUUUCAGUGAAAUAUCUGUCUCUGGCUACAUCUACCUUUAUCCUCAGAUGCUCGAGAGCCCACUACCAGAUGCUCUGGUCUGCCUUGACCUUUAUGGAUCACGUCCCUGUCAGGGACGGCAGACCAUGCAUAUUUCGCGUCGUACGAGUCAGUGGAACCAUCCGCAAGGCUGAGGAAGAAGCCAUUCGCCAAGCAAAGAAGCUCAUUCUCGCGGCAAAAGAGGAACCCGGCACAAAAAAAGAAAUGGUCCUCGACAUCACUGACGACUCUGGCGACGAGUCCAUGGACGACGCAGAUGGUUGA